GGAAUGCGGAGACAGAUGGCGCCGAAGAAGGAGAAGGAGGAGGAGGAGAGCGAGAAGAGGCGAAGGCCCGCGUCGGCAACGCUGCUGCAGCUGUUGCUGCGGAGCGGAGCUCGUCGACGGGACGGACGAGGAUCGAGCUCGACCUCGGAACUCUCGUCUUGAUUGAGCUCGAUCGUUCGGGUCGCCAUUUCGGCCAUCUUUGCCUUCACUUAUUCCGCGGCCGCGAACGGAGUGCUCUCAUUCGCUGCCUGCUGGAGGAGGAGGAGGAGGAGGAGGAGCACGGGAAGCGAAGCGCAGACACGGCUGGGGUGGAAGAAGAGGAUUUCUGGCUGGUUCGCUGGCAGGCAUCACUUGAUUUAUUGGCGCGGAAAUUGAUCGGACAAGGAGCAAGAGCGAUUCCAUCCUCUUCAGUUUCUUGGUAUCUCUCUCUCAGACUCAUCCUCGUCCCCUGUAUCUAUCACUUCCUCACUUUCCUUUCUUCCUUCCUUCGUUCUUCCUCCCUCGCCCGCUCGCCCACCCGCCUGCUUGCUGGCGCGCCCGUCCCUCGGUUUUUUUUUUGGUCCCCCGUGCGCGACGCCAGGGAGAUUCUCGUGGUUCCAAAGAGGGAAUUGAUGUGUGCGUUCGUCGAGAAGGAAGAAUGGAGGUGAGCAAGGAUGGAUUUCUGGAGAACGCGAUGGCCACGUGACUUCGUCUAAUUUGUACCCGGAGAUUGGAUCCGCGGGGCUCUGCUUCGUCGACAGGGGACUGAUGCAGAGAUCGCGGGUGAUGAGAUUGGUUUGGUGACAGGGGAGAUUGGACUGGACCGCGAAUGAACGGUCCGCCGGGAUAAACUUUGCUAGGCGCGCUCCCCGUGGUGUUCGGGGCAUGGAUGUGGACAUAGCACUUGCAAAGGACGGAAGCCUGUAAAUGAAUCGACCUGACCUCAAAAGUCCCAUGCAGCGAUCAGAAGUUUUACAGAGUAUUCUGACAGCGGAGGGAGUGUUCUGGACGUAGUAGUGGCGAUUCAAGUCUCUCGCGCGGGUUCAUCUUAGCUCUAUCGUCGAAGUCCGAUAUUGGUAACAGUUUUACAAUGAAUCCCCAGAGGUUUUGACCCAUUCAUACGGCCUAAAGUCCCGAGGUCCCGAGAAUCAGGAGAUUGAUGCAUGUCAGACUGAUUCUAGAAGUUACUUUGCUGAUGCCCGCCUCCUGUCGCCGAGAAGAUCGAAUUCCUGGAUGUCCAACCCUGGAAGAGUUGCACACGGUGCCCAGUCGCAGUCCACGGUCGCGAUCACUGACAUUUGUGCGGCUUGCACGCGCUUGUGACAUCACCACCACAAGCGGGUACGACAAGAAGUCUGUGGAAUCCUCACGAAUUCUUUAUUUCAUGGCUCACGAAUUAACAUUUCAGGAGAAGGAAAGAGACAUCGCGGGAUGUUGCAAUUUGGACACUUCUUUUAAAGAUGAGAUCCACAAAGAUCUCCUGAGCUGAAGUGCAGUGGAACCCGGAGGUCGAACCGAAUUGAACUGCCAAAAGUUUUGGUUGGGAGAAGGAUUAUCCCAAGUCAGGUUCGGAAAUUGCUGGAGCCAUGGGUGAGCACACCAAAAUCUUGCUCAAAUUGGAUCAACUUGUUCCAGCCACCGAGAAAAAUGAGUGGGAAACCAAGUCUACAUCCCUCUUAAGCUCAAAUGGCUUGUCGGGCAAGAUUGAUAAAGCCUCAGCCCCAACGGAUGUUUGGUCGAGGCAGCAAACUAUCGAAAUUCACAUCACUGCUCCAGAUGUUGCGGGCAUGGUAAAUACCAGGUUAAGGGGAACGGCAGUUUGGCUCCAUUUAAUCGCCGCAUUGAUCGUGGGAUUCAAUAAAGAUGCCUUCAGAAGUGAUUCGCGCUUCAACCAGCAGCCUUAUUUCAGUAAAUUGUUGACACUCAAUAUAGUCCUCUGCUUGUAUGCACUUCGAGUUUGGAAGCUAGGCGUUCGAAUGGAAAAGAAAAAGAGACCUCACAUCAGCGUAGUGCCACUGGGGUUUCUUUAUGUAUUUGAUCAGGUAUUCUCGUACUUGUUGAUCAUAGUCUGUUCCUGCGUUUGGACCGGUGUGAAGGACCAAAAUUGCCUGAACAAUUUCAGUCAGGGCUACUGCCAAAGGGCUCAAGCAGGAUUGGCGACGAGCUUCGUUGGGUGGUUGUUUUUGAUCGCCCCCAGUGUCGUCACCAGCCUCCGUCUUGCUGGAAAAUUACGAGACGCUUUGAUUGUAGCCAAGGCCACUGCAAGAUGGCAUAGAAAGCUGUGGCAAUAAUCUGUCUGUCUUGCUUCAUCCACUCCCUCCGUUGUUCUUUGUGCAGAAUUUGACGAUAACGCCCAUUUUUUCUGUCCGACAAGUAUAGCGAUCUAGAGCCUGCAGCUUUAGGUGAGAAAUGCAGUGAAUCUAUAAUCUCGGGCAAUGCAUUUGACAACCCACUGUUGGGUUGAAAGAAAGUCGAGAACCCCGCUCAGCAUGAGGGCAGCUAAAACAGGUCCGAAAGGAAAUACUAAGCAUGAGGACUUGGGAGAUAGUGAAUCUACGAGUCAGCAUGUUGCAGUGUAUGCACAGUCUAGUGGCUGUUUUGCUGCAAGUUCCACGGUUGAGUUUUAAGAAUAGUUGUAGAUUAGACAUGUGAAUGCCGCUGCGACCAGAUAAUGCAGCGAAAGCUCGUAGAGUUUCACCCUGCUUGGGUUUAUAUGUCUCAAAGCCACACUGUCAAUGACAUCUUGAGUGGUUUGGACACCCGAUGUCAUUUCUUGACUCUUGUUUGUAGGUCUACGGAAUCUAAUAGAGGUCCUUAUCGAGAGUUGCAGCUUCCAAGCUGCAUGAUUGUUGAGUUUCC